ACAAUAUCCAGUCAAAAAUGAAUAAACGCGUGCUGGCCAUCAUGGUUCUCAUGACUAUGACUAUGGUAGUGGCUUUGGUGCGGGGAUCAGGAUCGCGAGUCGCCGAAAUCAAGAGGCGUAUAUGCCAUUCUUUUCCGGAAUACGGACACUGUGGAGGGCAUUCACGCAUGUGGCACUACGAUUACCAAGCGCGGCGUUGCAAUCAGUUCACGUAUUCCAAUUGCGGCGGCAAUCGGAACCGCUUCUACUCGGAGGAGGACUGCAUACAAUAUUGUAAUAAUCAAUUUUUCUCCGAUCUAGCGGAUCGUGAACGUCAGCAAGACAUCAAGAAAUUGAACUGAAUAAACUAACGUAGCUGCCAGUCCGAAAAAAUAUCAAACAAA